AACGUUCCCUUCUCUUUCUCCCUCAGCAAUCUGAGUUGGCUGAGUUACGGAUUCCUGAAGGGAGAUCACACCCUCAUUGUCGUCAACGCGAUUGGCGUGACCCUUCAGACCCUUUAUAUCCUUGUCUACUUCUACUUCAGCUCUGAGAAGCGGGCUGUUUUGCUGAAGACUGUUUGCUUGCUGGCUGUGCUGCUGGCUGGUUACAGCUACUUCAACUUGCUCGUCCCGGAUGUCGCCACGCGCCUUGCCCACCUGGGGUUGUUCUGCAGCAUCUUUACGAUCACCAUGUACCUCUCGCCGUUGGCUGACCUGGCCAAGAUCAUCAAGAGCCGGUCGACACGAUGCCUCUCCUUCCCACUGACGGUGACGACCUUCCUGGCGUCCACCUGCUGGACACUUUACGGCCUGCUGCUGGAGGACCUGUACAUCGCAGUCCCCAACAUGCCAGGCAUUGCCACAAGCCUUGUUCGGUUCUGGCUUUUCUGGCGCUUUCCUCCCAGCCGCGAGAGCAGCUACAAGCCACUGCAGGCCUGAGGACGGCCUUUGGUUGCUGGCGUUGGCAGCCCGAGAAAGGGACGGACCCCGGGGCUCGGAGGUGUGCGGACAGCAUCUCUCUCCCUGCGAACGGCACACCUGCGCCUGUGCACAGUGACGUCGUGUGUCCACACACAGUCCUGACACCGCAAAUGCCUCUUCGGUCGGCUGGUUCCCGCCUCUUGGCUGUUCCAGAACCUCAGAGGAUGCUCCGAAGAAGACAAAGAUGCCCGGCGUGUAGGUUUCCUCUCAGACACCCAAGAUGAAAUGCGGCAAGAGGAAUGUGGACUAGACAGAGCACCUCCCGCCCUUCUUUUCGAUCGGCCUCCUCCCUCGGUGUACCCCAACUAUUCCCUUCAUCUCCCCCUCGGUGGGGUGAAUGCCAGAACAUUCCCGGAAGGCUGCUCUGAAAAAGAAAACAUUCGGACCCAACAGCACCAUUUCUGAGCAGAUUCCCACAUCGGUACAAUGGUUGUCAAGUGCCUUGUAAUAAACAGAUUGGUUUCUAUGGAA